ACACGGAGUUCCCGCUUUAUCAAAAUGCAAGAAAAAUGACGCAACUAGAAGUAGAACCAGUUAUUUUAAAAAACUAUACGAUUGAGAGACGCAUAGGAAAAGGGGCUUAUGGGAUAGUUUGGAAAGCAGUAAAUAAGAAAACACAUAAAAAAUUAGCACUCAAAAAAAUAUUUGAUGCUUUUAGGAACCAAACAGAUGCUCAGAGGACGUUUCGAGAAAUAUCAUUCUUACAGCAAUUUUCCAAUCACCCAAAUAUCAUCCGUCUUUUAAAUGUUAUAAAAGCGGAGAACGACAAAGAUAUUUACUUAGUUUUUGAGUACAUGGAAACUGACUUAAAUAACUGCAUCAAAAAAGGAAAUAUUCUGAAAGAUGUUCAUAAAAGGUUCAUUUUUUACCAGUUGUUACGAGCAGUUAAAUAUAUUCAUUCCGGGAAUGUAAUACACCGUGAUUUAAAGCCAUCUAAUGUUCUGUUAAACUCAGACUGUUUGGUGAAACUAUGUGAUUUCGGCUUGACACGUUCAUUGACAAAUACUCUAGAAAAUCGUACAGCAUCUAUGGAAUCAUUUAUAGAUGGAAAUGAUGAUUAUGACAAUCCUGUGUUAACCGAAUAUGUAGCUACGAGAUGGUAUCGGGCACCAGAAAUUCUGCUAGCUUCAAAUCGUUAUACUAAAUAUGUAGAUAUAUGGAGCUUAGGGUGCAUAUUAGGUGAAAUGUUACUUGGUAAAGCAUUGUUUCCCGGUACAUCAACAAUCAAUCAAAUUGAGAGAAUCAUAUCGGUUAUGGAAAGACCGACAAUACAAGACAUUGAAUGCCUUCAUUCAGACUACGGUAAAUCAGUUUUGGAUAAAGCUUUACAAAAACCAUAUCGUCGCUUACGUACGUUAUUUUCAAAUAAUACAGAAGAACAAGCUUUAAAUUUACUUGAAAAUAUGAUUCAAUUGAAUCCAGAGAAACGCUUCACUGUUGAACAAGCAUUAAAUCAUAGUUACGUGGAAAACUUUCGUGAUCCUUCAUCUGAAAUCGUAUUGAAGCAUCCAGUUACCCCAAUUCUAAGAGAUGACAAACAGUUAAGCGUAUCAGAUUAUCGUCAAAAAUUAUAUGAGAUUAUAGUGGAAAAGAAAGCUCAACAUAAAAUGCGAAAAAUGCUGCGCUCAGUUGAACUGAAUGAAAACAAAACAACUGGAAAUUCAUUGGCUUCACAGAAAGAAUUGACUUAUGGAAAUACUUUUGAAAACAAAUCCAAAACCGAUCUGAUAAAUCAAAAUAUCAAUAAAGUUGGCUGUCACGAUCCAAAACUAAGUAAUACCAACCAACAAUAUAAACCAACUGAAACAGUAAAUCAAUAUCAAUGUCGCUCUGAUUUAAAUGAGACGAAAUCUCUGUCAGAUUCAUAUAAUUCGCAAAAUCAAGGUAGCACAAAUAUUAAUCACAAUGUAUCAAUCUCAUCACAGGUGAAUCAUAUAAAACAUUUACACAGCAAUAGUACAUUAGAAAAUGAACACACUUCUCAAUUCAAUGUAUCUAAUCAGGCGAGCACAAACUCCAAUCUAACGAACAAUAACAUAUCUGGCGAAUUACGUAGACGAGUAACGAUACCUACCUCAUCUGUCAGUUCACAAAAAUAUAAACAUGAGUUCUAUUUAAACUCAGAGAGCCUAAAUAACACUCAGAUUAUGAAAACCAGUAUGAGUAAGGAAGCAAAUAACCCAGUUAUCCUUCGGGGAAACAGGAAUACAAAUUUAGGAAGAAAUUCUCAACACAAAAAUUUGAAGUUACAUUCGUGAAAUAAUUUCUUAUACAAGAGACCUAGCUAACUGAAGUGAGAGUGUGAACUUUCAUCAGGAAAUAACCGCUGAUAUUAUCAAUUCCUAAUUGUUGUUGUAACUCUUUGGUCUCAAGUAAUACAGCAUGAUUUCAAUGUGUAUUUGUUCGUUGUCACAUAUUUGAAUCUACUAUGCAGGUAAUCUGAUAUUUUAGCCUUAUACACGUUUGGCAUUAACAGUUACAUUUAUCUUGGCUUAGUUUGUUAUUUUCCAGUGUUCAGCAUCUGUAUCAGUCAACUAGCAAAUGUGGAAUGUUACAUUGAGAUUAAAUCCUUUGAAAAUGAGCAAUGAUAAUUAAAUAGUUACAGGAUUCAAACCAACUUCAUUAUUUUUACUCCAAUCAAGAACAUUGACUGGUCUUAAUGUUAUUUUUUUUAAUGAUGAGUUACAAAGGUCUCAGAAUAUUUCAAAUAUGAUUUCAUCGUCUAAUCCUGAGAACUACAUGCUUUACGUACUAUGAAGAUUUCUUUAAGAUUGAUACUUUGGGAAGGAAUUUACUCAUCAAAAUUAUAUUGAUGGACGACACGAGUUACAAUUUUAUCGAAUAAAACAGGAAACAAAGAUAACUCCAUUUAGAUAUAACUAUAAUAAUGUACUGAAUUUCCAAUCUACUAUGUGUCAAACCACCACGUCAUUUCAAUAUACGUCGUUACUCUGUGUUUUGAAAGACUCAUUUAGUGACAACAACUGUUUGUUUUUGUAGAUAUCUUCAGAUUGUUGGUUCAGUAAAAUGAUACUAAAUACUACCAUUAUCUCUCGUUUCAUUAUAUCAAAAAUACUACACCUAACGUGAAGCUCAUGUGCACACAUUAAUCGAAAGAGUAGAAAAAUCCACUUGAUUAAUAAUAUGUCCUAUAUAAAUUAGAACACAAAAUGUCAACCAUCUGAUAUAAACCAUCUUUGAUGUUAUUCGAAAUCACUCAUUCUAAAUAUAUUAGUGCAUAUAUUGUCUAAUUAAUUCCUUUCUGCAUAUUUCACCAAAAAAUAUUCCAUUUUUACAUAAUCAAUAGUUGUGUUUCAAAUCUAUCCUAUCCCUGUUUGAUAUGUUUUUCAGGUUGGUUAAAUUGGUAGACAGACACAUGUACUAUUGUCUGCUGUUUAUCUCUCCAUUAAAUGUUUUAUAAAUAAUCCCUUGCAGGCUAACCCCUCCCACACUUUUGAUUAACUUGUACCUUAAAGAGAGAGAGAGAGAGAGUGAAAUUAAAGAAUUGACAGCUCUUAAAUAUACAUACACAUGAAAAUAAUGUUCUACAGGGGCGAUAAACAUUAUAGUUUAAUGAUUUUAUCAUAACUGUCGACAGAACAAGCAUAAUCUAUAAACAGUCAUUCAAAGUAUGUGGAUUAAUUUUUUUAUAAAAAAACAAACAAAUUUUACACAUAAAUAUAUGAUAUUUAAAGAACAGAAUCCCUGCUGUGUUCUACUUCAUAAAGUAUGAAAAUAUGGAAUUAUGUUGAUGAUAAUGAUUCUGAUGAAAAGAUCACUUUUCCUAAGCUUUUCUCAUUGAAAUGUACUCGUACAUCCAUACUCACUAACUAGUUUACUGAUCUGAUUAAUCCAGAUGUUAUGUUUUGUAAAUCAGAAGCAAAGGAAAUUGUUAUUACAUAUUAUGUAAUGUUAUAUUGAAAACUUACUGCAGUGUUUAUAUGAAUGACUGUUAAGUUAGUUUUUUUAUUAUUUUUUAAUAUACACUAACGGGAUUUAUAAUCCAGUUGCUAAAUUAAGAAAUACUUGCGUCAUUUGUAUCCUCUUAAAUAUUUACACACAGGUUGUACACGUGUACACAAGAAACAUAUGUCAAUUAUUAAUUGUUCUUAUACACUUCUGGAUAAGUAUAGGUGGAAUAUAAUCCUAAAAAAAAAUUAUUUUUCUAAGAAAUCAAAUUAAAUUCAAGAUUGUUUUUCAUCAUAAACUUAAAUCAAUCAAUCAACUGUCAGUAAUCAUAAAACUCUGAACAGAGAUCAUGUUGCUUAUUGGAAAAUUUUGUGAUAGCUGAUUAAGGAUAACAAAAAUCCUAAAUCUUUUGGCAGUGUUGAGAUCUUUGAGUUGAACAUUUAAUAUUAAAGCUUUUCGUUUCGUUGUGAACAAUGUCACUCAUUAUGUUACGCUUAAAAUAUGAAUUUUUCUUUAUUAUUUCAAAAUAAACAAUUGUUCUAACAG